AUUAUUGCGUCGCGUUGAUACCAGCAGUAGUAAGGCUGCGGCUGGACCUCUUGUUUCCUUUGUUGCUAUACUUAUUUUCUCCAUACCCGUACGCCCGCUCACCCACAGCCCUCCCCCCAAUACUUUUAGCUCUCGACCGGGAGCGAGGAGUCUUCGUUCUAAAGGAGUGGAUCCCCUUUUCAUGCUUGCUCUUGAAAGCCUUUCACACAUUUGCUGCCCGCAUUUUCUUCUCCAGGAGACAAAGAUUCCUUUGUUCUCCCUUGCUCAAUCGGAUCUCCCAGAAAUAGUGGAAGAGCUGCACAGUAUCACCAACUAUGAAAAAAUCGUCAGUUGCAGCGGCCCUUCUGGGUCUCAGCUCGUCCGCGUACGCACAAUCUGUCUCCGCUAGUCAGAACGGCAUCACGUAUUCAUUCAGUGUGCCCGACACAACUGCAUCCUCAGGCAGCGGAGAUGUUUACAUCCAGAUUUCAGGUCCCACAAGCUUCAGCUACAUCGCGCUGGGUUCCGGGAGCCAGAUGUCUGGCUCAAAUAUGUUCGUGAUUUACACCAACUCAGCUGGCAACAAUGUCACUCUUUCACCACGAAAGGCAACCGGACACAGCCAACCCCAAUUUGAUUCGAGCGCCCAGGCUGUCCUCACCGAGGGUUCAGGCGUCUCCAACAAUGUCAUGACCGCGAAUAUUCGCUGCUCGAGCUGUGCCGAUAAAUUCGACAUCACCAGUUCCAGCGCGAGCCUCAUCUACGCUGCUCUGUCGGGCAGCCCUCUCAAUGAUGACAGCACCUCUGCAACGAUCUCGCAGCACACCAACACGUACGGCACCAUGACAAUGGACAUGACCCAGGCCAAGAACAGCGCAAACGACAACCCGUUUGUCUCUAGCAACGGCACGACAGCGACGCCUACUACUGGAACCAGUGGCACUCAGAGCUGCGUACCGAUCUCCCAAGUGUCUGGUGAGAGCAACUCUGAUAGCGGUGCCACUCCGACUGGCUUCGGUUUCUUCGGAGGCUCUCGACCAACUGGCCGUCCACCAUGGGCAACCGGCACCGGCUAUCCAUUCAAACGUGCCGAUAGUACGAGUUCAAGUGCAUGCCCAAGCGGUUAUGUCCUGUCCGGCUCAAGCAGCGGUGCUAGCUUCAACAACAAUGGCUUCAACGCUUCGCAGCAAAAGAAUAUGCUCAUGGCCCAUGGUAUCAUGGCUGGUCUUGCCUUCGCUGUCUUCUUCCCCUUCGGCGCUAUUUCCAUUCGCCUUCUCAGUUUCCCUGGCCUGGUCUGGUUCCAUGCUGCCUUCCAGGUGUUCGCUUACGUCUUCUACAUUAUCGCCUUCGGCUUGGGUAUAUGGCUUGCAAAUCAGCUGCACCUGAUGGGCGAGGCUCACCCGAUCCUUGGUAUCGUUCUCUUCAUCCUUCUUUUCUUCAUGCCCGUCCUGGGCCAGUUACAUCACCGAAAUUUCAAAAAGUUCCAGACUCGCACCAUUCCAUCCUUCGCGCACAUUUGGCUUGGCCGCAUUGUCAUCACCCUUGGCAUUAUCAACGGCGGUCUUGGGCUUAAGCUGGCAAACAACUCGACCUAUGGACCGAAGGUGUACGGUGUCGUUGCCGGUAUCAUUUUCGCCAUAUAUCUUGCCUCCAUUGUCAUCGGCGAAAGAAGAAGGGCGAGAACUUUGCGCAACCCCCCCAAGUACGAUGAGGUCCUGCUUCAGGACCACCGCAACAUGUCGCCGCCAACCAGCCCACCCAGACACAGGGAAUAUUAUGGCCACAGUGCCAAGUGAAGCGCGGACGGUGGUUUGGUGGACAAAACCUAGAAAUGCUUUGAAUGAGGAAACCAUGUCUUGACUACGUUGUAAUUCGCUCCUUCUCAUGGGCGAAUAUGGAACGGUCCUCUACGUUCCGUUCGAUUUGGGACUAAAUAUGCUGUCCUUUAAGCGUUUUUGUGUGUGACAGCAUCUCAGGAUCACGGCGUUGGAUCAGAUAGGCCGUUUGAUGACGGCCACAUUUUGGAAGUGAAUGGCGCACGGAUUUCGAUGACGGGGAUAUACCAUCGAGGAACUGGCUAAAAGGUCCAAUCUCUGUAGUUAGAGUACGACACCGACUUAAAUGUACACGUCAAUUAAUGCAUAGUCAUAC